AUGGCGAGCGACACGACAGCCUUUUCUGACUUGGUGCAAUGUCCGGUUUGCUCCAAGGAUUUUAAAUCAUCCACAAUCAACGGACACCUGGACAGAUGUCUGCUGGACGGCGGCGGCCCUCAGGCGGCGACAGACAGCGAACCACCGCCGAAGAAACCACGACCUUCAGCGGAACCGGACCCAAGCAGCCCCGCUGUCAACAAACCCUCGGCUAGCUCCUCGACUGGUGCGUCACCGUCUGCGGUUUUCUCCAUGUUUCACACCAACAGGAGUAAUGUCUCAGGCAAAAGUGAACGGAAUGUAAUGUUUUCUAACAAGCGCAGUCCCGGACACGCUAUGAAUAAAGGAAUAAAACGCAAUUUACAGAGGGAGGCGGAGCUGGGCAUGACAGCUGAGACAGUGACCCCCGUGCAGGCUUCCGUACCCAGCGGGCCGCUAAUUAAACCAGAAAACGGAGUGUCACCGCGGACACUGCUAACCAUCGACAAACCCCUGGCGGAGAAACUGCGGCCGAACACCCUGGAGGAGUAUUUCGGUCAAAACAAAGUCGUAGGCGAGCACACACUCCUCCGGUCACUUCUGGACUCCCAGGAGAUACCCUCCCUGAUCCUGUGGGGACCGCCCGGAUGUGGAAAGACCACUCUCGCCCACAUAAUCGCCAGCACCAGUAAAAAGAAGGGGACCGCUCGUUUCGUAACCCUCUCUGCCACCAGCGCAUCCAUUAAUGAGGUUCGUGAGGUUAUCAAGCAGGCACAAAAUGAGCUCAGACUGUGCAAGAGGAGGACCAUCCUGUUCAUUGAUGAAAUUCAUCGCUUCAACAAAUCUCAGCAGGACACCUUCCUUCCUCACGUGGAGUGCGGGACAAUAACUCUGAUCGGGGCGACCACAGAGAAUCCGUCCUUCCAGGUGAACGCUGCCCUGCUGAGCCGGUGCCGGGUGCUGGUUCUGGAGAAACUCUCCGUGGAGGCAAUGAGCUUGAUCCUGCACAGGGCUCUGGCCUCACUGGGGAUCAAGGUGCUGGGACAGGAUUCAACCAAUCCCAAGGAGCAAGACCAAUCAGAUGAACACGAGCCAAAGGUUUACAUUGAACAGAAAGCUCUGGACACCAUCGCCCACCUGUGUGAUGGUGAUGCCAGGGCAGGACUCAACGGGCUCCAGCUGGCGGUUCAAGCUCGGGUGGGACUGGCCCAGUCCAGCCUGUCAGCGCAGGACGGUUCACCUCAGGACAUACUGGUGCAGGAGGAGCAUGUCAAGGAGGGUCUGCAGAGGUCCUAUAUCCUCUAUGAUAAAGCAGGUGAGGAGCACUACAACUGUAUCUCAGCGUUGCACAAGUCUAUGAGGGGCUCCCAUGAAAAUGCCUCUCUCUACUGGCUGGGCCGCAUGCUCGAGGGCGGUGAAGACCCCCUGUAUGUGGCUCGCAGGCUGGUCCGCUUUGCCAGUGAGGAUGUGGGUUUGGCAGAUCCCUCCGCCCUUCCUCAGGCUGUGUCUGCCUUCCAGGCCUGUCACUUCAUUGGGAUGCCUGAAUGUGAGGUGAUCCUGGCUCAGUGUGUUGUGUAUCUGGCACGGGCGCCCAAGUCUGUGGACGUCUACCAGGCCUACGCUAAUGUGAAGGCCUGUCUGAGGAACCACAAAGGCCCCCUGCCUCCUGUCCCCCUGCACCUCCGCAAUGCCCCCACCAAGUUAAUGAAACAACUGGGCUACGCUAAAGGCUACAAAUAUAACCCAGCCUUCAGCUCUCCUGUAGAGCAGGAAUACUUACCUGAGGAGCUGCGAGAAAUAGACUUUUUCACCUGGACACCCUCAGACCCAUGAGUACUUACAGUGCUUACACAGCAAAAUAUAUGAGGUAAAUCAAGGCUGCUGAAUAAAGGCACAGUUGUAGAGUGUCCCAUAGUGGGAUUUCAUUGGUUUGGAGAUCGUUCAGCCUCAUGGUGAAGAUGUCUAACAUCUUUGGUUGUUCAUUUUCAAAGUUAGAAAAAAGUUAUGCCACAUCUCAAGCCAGAAUUGCUUUGACUCUAUCAGUUAUGUAUGUACACAUCAAUUAUUCAAAAACAGCUGUCAGUAAUGGAUAAUAAUCUUCAUAGUAAUCUACAAUUGCAUUUUAGCCCGUUGUUUUCAGAGUGUACAAAAAAAGGCUGCAAAUAAUAUUCAGUUUCAUGUAUAGCUUCAAAUGAGCUCAUAAUUUGACAAUAAAAUAAAGGGAUUUCAUUCUAAACAUAUUAAAUAAAUAAAGCCAGAAUCUUCUCAGCACUUGUGACAUUACAGUACACCUAGUGUGCCUGAUCAGCAUUUAAAUGUUUACAAUGCUAAUUAUAUGUUAAGAUUUGUGUACUGUGUCCUAUUGUAAAUAGUUGAUCUUUUCUAUGAGAUUAUUUGUUAUGAUUUUGUAUGUUUUUCAUUUUGAUGAAAUACAAGAUCAAGAUAACAGAUUUAGAGGAAUCCUUUUUAUUGCAUAAUCCCAGCAUAUUGGAACCCUCUUCAGUUCUGGGCCAUUGUCUGCAAAGAAAUAAAAUAAAGUUAGCUUUAGAAAAUACUUACU